AUGAGUCUUAAUGAAGAUAAAAGAAAUUACUUUCAAAUGUGUCUAACAUGUUAUAAUUUGAGUGGCUUGCGACCAUCGAGUAAAUUGUUUCUGAAAAUUAUAUCUCAGUAUAUUUUGUAUCCCUUAAAAUUAGUUUUGUUUGUAAUGAUGAUUUACAACAUCCGUUUCAAGCAUAAUAAUAUCACAGAAAUUACCGAAGUAUUUAUUGCAGUCUGCACUUUUGCAUACAUAAUUCUUCGAAAAACUAUUUUAAUAAAAAAUAGUUAUCUAUAUGAAGAUUUAAUAGAAGAACAGUCUCGUUUCUGGAAAUAUGAUCUUUUUGGAAAGUUAACUGAGUCAAAACUUCGUAAAAAUAUGCAAUUUUGCGAGUCUUUAAUCAAACUUAUCGUCAUAAGUGGAUGUAUUUCAGCAACAGUACAUAGUAUUUCUCCACUUUUUGUGAAAGAUCUUGAAUUGCCACAAGCUUGUUGGAUUCCUGGGAAAAAUCCAAUUGCUAAAAACAUUAUUUAUGUUCUAGAAAGCGUUAUUCAUGUAGAAUGCUUAAAUUAUGUAGCAGUUUUUGACGGUUUGUAUUUGCUAACGACCGCAAAUCUCAAAGUGCAAUUUGUGUUAUUACAAAAAGCGAUUGAAUGUAUUACACUUAAAAAUGGGGAAGAGAAAACUUCCUGGACGCAGUUGAAACAGUGUAGCCAGUAUCACAGAUAUUUGCUAAGUAUACAUCGAAAAAUUAACAAAAUUUACUCCGAAUACUUUCUCUGUUCUUAUAUCCUCACAAUUUGGGGCACUUGCAUACCGUUGUUUGUAAUUUUUAAUAAUUCAUCAAAUGUUGCCGAAGUUGUCGAAAGCAUGUUCAUCGCUUUUUUAAUAAAUACGUUGCUUGUGAUGAUGUUUAUUCCAGCUAGUGAAAUAGAAAUUGAGGCUGAAAAACUAGCGUUGCAAAUUUAUUUUAUAAAUUGGUACGAGACCAAAAAUUUAAAAAUUCGGAAGUUCAUUCUUUUUUGGCUAAUGCAAGCCCAGGUUCCCGUACGGAUGACAGGAGGUGGAAUGUUGAUAAUAAAUAGGUCUUUGAUGCUUCAAAUUCAGCGAAUCGGAUUUUCUUUAACGACUUUGUUAACAGGUCUUACGACGUAG